AUUUUUUCUAAAAUAUUCAAGAAUAUUACCAAACAUAUCUAAUAUCCCAAUAUCCAUUACAUCUCUCUUUACCAAAAUCCAAAUGCUCCAAUAAAGUGCAAGCAGACACCCCACCCCCAACCCACCUGGGACCCACCUCUAUUGACAAAUUCCAUGUCUCUUCCCAUGUAAGUUAUGCUCUCUCUCUCUCUCUUCUUUGCAAAGUGUGUGGGUGUGUGGUGGUCCCAACAGAUCCAGAAACUCCAAUUUUCUGUGUCUCACACAGCACACACACACCCUUUUCCUCUUUUUUCUCCAUAGCCUUUGCUUGUUGACAAAUUUAAGCCUCCUUUCAUGGCUUCCUUUCCCUUUUUCCAAACCACUGAAUAGAGCCCACCAAGGUUUUUUCCUUCUCUCACUGAGUGUCGGCUUUCUCAAAGUGCCUGGACCUCAUUAUCAGUUUUUCUUAAUAAUGGGGUCUCUUCCUUUUGCUCCUUUUUGUCCUCUUUUCAGCUGAUGCAGUUUUUUUUCUUCUGGGUGAAAAUUGAGCAAAAAUGCAGUGUACAAGCUACAUCCCUGUAUACCAUGAGAGAGAUCUUAGUGUAGGCUCGAGUGGCGUUAUGUGGCACCUAUUCAAUGGAUAUACUAAUUAUGGAGAAGAAAAUGGAUAUAAUAAUAUUCCUUUGCAGCCAUUUAACAUGGAGCAUUACUUGAAUCAUGACAAGAAUGUGCUGAGGCAGAUUAUUCAGAAUCAUGACGCCACAUUUAGACAUCAGGUCCACGAACUACAUCGACUAUACCAAAAACAAAAGGAGCUGAUGGAUGAGAUGAGGGCCAAAAAUGUCUUUCAACAACCUUUACCUUCACAAAUAACUUCCGAGUUGAAUCAUUCUCUUUCUCAUGCCAUGUCAGCAGCCGAGGAUGGAAUCUUUAUAAGAAAAGGAAGUUACAAUGACGUAAAGUUUCCAUUUCCAUCUUUCGAAAGUAAAGGAAACCGGAACACAACCUUCUUCGAUCUCGAUCGUACAGCUGGCGGCACCUGUCAUGAUGACGAUGAUGAUAAUAAGAAAAGGAUUCGGUUUGGUGAGAGGAAUCUUUUCCCAGCAAGUAAACUUCCCGAAAUCCAUAAUCCGAGAAUGUUAGACGAGAAAAAUCAACUCUUUAUCGAUCUAAACCAACCUCUAGAUGAUGAUUCUGGAUUUCACAACUCUAACAGUAGCUCUGAUGGAAGAAAUUCACCGGUGAUGAUCAUCGAUUUAAAUACUUUGCCCGACAGUUAUUUUUUUUCCGAGACAAUGAAUCCCGAUCACAUCUCAAAUGUAAAGAAGGAAACUUCAGACGAGAUCAUGGAAAAGCUCGAUUUUGACUUGAACUCCGAAUUUGCUCCAAACGAGCCAUCGAGCGUACAGGGGCCCGUGAGCCCUGAAAACGAGGAGACUCUUCCUCCGAGAGGCAAAUGCAUUAUGUCCGAAGAUCAUCACACUCAGCUAAACCGAACUUCUUCGGUUUUAUCCAACCAAGAAAAUGGAGAACAGCUAAUAACGGAACUCGAUAAAAACGCUGCAGAUAUUUUGGUCUCGAUUUCGUCAGGUGGGACCCACAAUUGCCACCUCCUCUCCUGGUUUGCGGAAAUCGCUGUUGUUUCCUCCUCUGGUGGGACCCACGAGACUGAAAUUUUUUCAGCUCCCGAAUCGAAAAUAGUUGGGGAAAAAAUCGGAGGUUUUCUUGAAACGGGAUCAUCGAGCUCGAGGAGGAGGAAGAAAAAGGCGGGAAAGAAAGCUAGCUCGAAAUCGAGAAGAUGUUCUUUGGAUAUGGUAAAAAAAUCGAUGAGCUCCAUCCUGAAGCAGCAUUUGGGGAGCUGGGGAAAGAUAAAGAAACGUGAAAGAGGACUCAGACGAAAGGCGAGUAAAUUUGUUUGCUAUUAGAUAAUUAACGUGUACUAUCUAUCUAAGCGUUCGUUGCGACAUGAAGAUCAAUGCUGUUUGUUGUAUAUGUUAAUAUUUGGUGAUGGUUAAAACUUAAAACUCCUUUUUUUUUUUUCUUCAGAAGUCUUGUUAAAUGAUAGGCAUUUUACAUCACUUCAGUUGAACUGCUUUCUGCCUGUACAUGAGAUAUUCGUUGACAUUAUGAGCAUUUUACCCGACUUAUAAUAUUCUGAUUCCAUCUGGCCAGAAGUUUCGGAGAUCAAUAGCAGAACAUG